AAUAGAGAUGAAGCUUGAUAGAUCCACCCAGGUGUAGGUGAAAUGGUAGAGCCUCAAGCGUAAUAGAUGCCGUGCUCUUGUGCUGAAGUUCAGCACAGUGUCCUGAAGGGUUGUCUAAGCAGCAGUGAGAUGGGUUGCUCUUUGCACAGUUAAAAAGUCAAUGAGCUUCCUCCAGCUUACAUGUAUGACUAAUUUAGAAAGCAACCUGGAUCUAGGUGAGCGCUGCAGAACUGUCUCUUCUCUUCAGUGCACGGACAAGGCACAACACACAGAGUAUCAAAAGAGACAUCAACCAAACUGGAUGAUUUUGCUUUGACCAUUAAACACUUGUGGCUGUGUGAGGUUGCCUGAAGUUCCCCGGCGGCGCCCGGCAGGACGGGGAGCGCCGCGGCUCCGGCUCGCAGGGACCCUACAGUGGCUGCCGCAGCAUGGGCUGGCUCAGGGGGAUUGCCUUGCUUUCCUUGGGAGUAUUACUAGCAGGAAGAGUGAACUGCCAGCAUGUGAAGAAUAACGUGCCGAGGCUCAAAUUAUCCUAUAAAGAAAUGUUGGAAUCCAACAAUAUAAUCAAUUUCAAUGGACUAGCUAAUAGCUCCAGUUAUCAUACUUUCCUCUUGGAUGAAGAACGCAGUCGGCUGUAUGUUGGAGCAAAGGAUCACAUAUUUUCUUUCAACCUGGUUAACAUCAAGGAAUAUCAAAAGAUUGUUUGGCCUGUAUCUCAUUCCCGAAGGGAUGAGUGCAAGUGGGCUGGAAAAGAUAUCCUGAGAGAAUGUGCUAAUUUCAUCAAAGUGCUUAAGGCUUACAAUUCAACCCACUUGUACGCUUGCGGAACAGGGGCUUUUCAUCCAGUCUGCACCUAUAUUGAAGUUGGAAGCCAUCCUGAGGACAACAUUUUUAGAAUGGAAGAUUCACAUUUUGAAAAUGGCCGAGGGAAAAGCCCUUAUGAUCCUAAACUGCUGACAGCUUCUCUUUUAGUAGAUGGAGAACUGUACUCUGGCACAGCGGCAGAUUUCAUGGGCAGGGACUUUGCCAUUUUCCGAACUCUGGGGCAUCAUCAUCCAAUCAGAACAGAGCAGCAUGACUCCCGGUGGCUAAAUGAUCCUAGAUUUAUUAGUGCUCACCUGAUACCAGAGAGUGACAAUCCAGAAGAUGACAAAAUCUAUUUCUUCUUCCGUGAAAAUGCAAUUGAUGGAGAGCACACUGGAAAAGCCACUCAUGCCAGAAUAGGGCAGAUCUGCAAGAAUGACUUUGGUGGACACAGGAGCCUUGUUAACAAAUGGACAACUUUCCUCAAAGCACGUCUGAUUUGUUCUGUGCCAGGACCCAAUGGCAUUGACACACACUUUGAUGAACUACAGGAUGUGUUCCUAAUGAACUCAAAAGACCCUAAAAAUCCAAUAGUCUAUGGAGUGUUUACAACUUCCAGUAAUAUCUUCAAGGGGUCAGCAGUGUGUACGUACAGCAUGACUGAUGUGAGGAGGGUAUUUCUUGGUCCCUAUGCCCACCGAGAUGGCCCAAACUACCAGUGGGUUCCCUACCAAGGGCGAGUGCCAUAUCCACGGCCAGGAACUUGUCCCAGCAAAACAUUUGGAGGCUUCGAUUCCACCAAAGACCUUCCUGAUGAAGUUAUAACAUUUGCAAGAAGCCAUCCAGCCAUGUACAACCCAGUAUUCCCCAUCAACAACCGUCCAAUCAUGAUCAAAACGGACGUGGAUUACCAGUUCACACAGAUAGUAGUAGAUCGAGUAGACGCAGAAGAUGGCCAAUAUGAUGUGAUGUUCAUUGGCACAGAUAUUGGAACAGUUCUUAAAGUGGUUUCAAUUCCUAAGGAGACUUGGCAUGAAUUAGAGGAAGUCUUGCUGGAAGAAAUGACAGUCUUUCGGGAACCCACUGUUAUUUCAGCAAUGAAGAUUUCCACAAAACAGCAACAGCUCUACAUUGGCUCAGCCACUGGAGUUUCACAGCUUCCUUUACACCGCUGUGAUGUGUAUGGAAAAGCAUGUGCUGAGUGUUGCCUUGCAAGAGACCCUUACUGUGCCUGGGAUGGUUCGUCUUGCUCACGUUACUUCCCCACUGCUAAGAGGCGUACUAGACGACAAGACAUCCGAAACGGAGACCCGCUUACCCACUGCUCAGACCUGCAGCAUCAUGAUAACCCAAGUGGUCAGACCCUGGAGGAAAAGAUUAUCUAUGGAGUAGAGAAUAGCAGCACUUUUCUUGAGUGCAGUCCAAAAUCUCAGCGUGCUGUAGUCUACUGGCAAUUCCAGAAGCAAAAUGAUGACCGCAAAGAAGAGAUAAAAGUGGAUGAUCACAUGAUACGGACAGAACAGGGCCUAUUGCUACGAAGUCUUCAACGGAGAGACUCUGGUAUUUAUUUUUGUCAUGCUGUGGAGCAUGGCUUCAUGCAAACUUUGCUCAAAGUGACCCUGGAAGUAAUUGAUACUGACCACCUGGAAGAGCUGCUCCAUAAAGAAGAAGAUGGUGAUGCCUCCAAGACCAAGGAUGCUACCAAUAGCAUGACCCCCAGUCAGAAGAUCUGGUAUAGAGACUUCAUGCAGUUAAUCAAUCACCCCAAUCUCAACACAAUGGAUGAGUUCUGUGAGCAGGUUUGGAAAAGAGACCGCAAACAACGCCGACAAAGGCCUGCCAAUACGCAGGUGAAUACAAAUAAGUGGAAGCACCUACAAGAGAAUAAAAAAGGUAGGAACAGGAGGACCCAUGAAUUUGAGAGGGCACCACGGAGUGUCUGAGCUACAUUACCUCUAGGAACCUCAUCCAAGUAGAAACUUGUAUAGACAGAUAACUGGAAAAAAAUGCAAUAUUCAUGAACUUUUUCAUGGCAUUAUGUGGAUGUUUACAAGAGUGGAAAGUUCAAACAAUUUCCACCAGGUUUAAAUAAAAUCCAUUUCUAACUUUCCUAGUAAGUCCUUCCUCUCUGCUCUGAUUCUAAGACCAGAAAGACCAGAGUUUCAAGGAUGAUAACUCACCCGGACCUAGCUUACUGCUCAAAAAGUUCUGCAAGUGGUCAGCAGGCAAGUUUUGCUUUCUCUUUUGCCUGAGAUAUAACAAAAUGCUGUAUUUCAUGCUGUCAUCUUAAAGAAAAACAAAACCCACCUUUCAUCAUCAGCACUACCAUUUCUAGACUUAUAUAUAAAACUGCAUGAACUCAUUAAGCUGAUGAACGUCUAAACACGUGAUUGGACACAAGGAUUUUGUUCUUGUUUUGUCUACCAGUUCUCCUGUUUAUAUGUACUAGAAGAGGAAAAACAAUACUGAAUGAGAUUGUUUGUGGAAAUCUGAACAACAUAAGCCAUCCAUCAUCUGGAAGAACAAAAAAUGUGGAGUACACUGGCCUACUACUGAUGACUUCUUUCAGCUUUGAUCUAAAGAUGUAUUUUAUUAAAACUAUAAUUUAAAUGUACCAUGAAAAAUAUGCAGCAAACAUUAGCUCUUUUCUAAAAUAGAUUAGACUUUUUGUCUUAGAAAUAUUGUACUUUCUAAUUAUUGGUUUAGAGGAAAAAAAGUCAACUUCCAAUUAUGAGCUGCUUUACUCUUUUGUUUGGAAAACCUUCCAGGGGAGCUAGUCACACUGCAGUUAACCUCCUCCCCUCUCAGUAAUCUGUAUGACAUGUAACUUCAAAACAAUUUUAAAACUAAGCUAUUUUAACAUGAAAGUCACUGUAUAGCAUGGAAGUCUUUUGCAUUCUUUUUUUCUAAGUAUGGUAUUUGAAAUGAUUCAACUUGUAUAAUACCUUGCUAUAGAUUGAACCAAUGAAGAGGAGAGCAUUGAAUUUCAGUUGUAUAUUUUUUUUUAAUUAAAAAAAGUAAAUAGCAUUAAAAUUCCCUCUACUAAUUACACUCUUGCUUUCUUGGUUCGUAAAUAUUUGUGAAUGCUAAUAUUUAAGUACUGUGGCUCAUAGACUGUCAUAUAUCCAUGAGCAAAGCUCACAUUCAGUUUAAGGAGUUUUGUUCCCAGCUCAGUGGUAGAAAAAUGUCCACACUACUGAUUCUCAGUGCUCCAUUCUUUCUGUGGGCCAGAUCACCCAAAUGCAAAGAACCAGCACUAGGCCACGUAAACAGUAACCUCAAAGCCAGCUCUCUGUUUUAAGAUCUAAGGGACAGUUUUAUCUGUGGGUGAAGUCUGCUGCAGUAGUAAAUUGGUGAAGUUCAGCUUAAGACUAGUUUAUACUAACAGAUAAGUUGGUCCUGCACUUCUGUCUUAUUCUAUAUACAGGAGAGCAACAGGGUAAAACAGACAAUGUACUUGCACCAUAAGUGUCAGUUUAAGGUUAUAAGUAGUGGAUUUAUUCACCUCAGCACAGAUGUGCCUUUGGUCCCCAGUUCUAUGGUGUCCAGUUCUUUUGAGAUCAUCUUUCUCCAGCCUCCCACAUUUUAUCUUGGUAGAGUCCGUAAAUGACAUAAUUUCAAGUAAUGUCAUUGUGGGGAAAAUUACUAGAACAAAGUCCUUAGUUUGCUAAUGUCAUUGUGGGGAAAAUUACUAGAACAAAGUCCUUAGUUUGCUAAAGGAGCUUUUAUAUAAAAGUGUGUCUGUAUUGAUGACUGAUCUGUUUUGUUGUUAUUCACUCCAGAUUAUUUAAUUUAUCAAUCACUACACUAUCAUCUUUAUCAGUUACAAUAUAACACAACUGCUGUGACAGCUUCUCUCACAAUACAUCCCAGUCUCCUUGCCACUCACUAAUUCAAGUAUCCUUCUGAAUAGUUAAACCUUGGCUUCUUGCCUCCAUAGCAAUUGGAUUUUCAUUAAUGGCCCACUCACUUUAGUUUUGCAGGGGAUGAACUUGUAAGAUUUUUUGUCAUUUAAUUCUUUAGCAAAAAAUUCAUUGAAUGGACCAGGACAAUGCUGUAAGGCCAUGAUUUAGGAAAGCACUGGGGAAUUUAGUUUUAAAGCAACUUUACAUCUCUCUUAUGUUUAACUUGACUCCUGUGAACUUUAGUAUGCCAUUAAAUUCCCAUGCUUUCAUGAUGUGCUGAAUAGGGAUGAAUUAAAACAUAGGUUCAACUAUGUGCUUUCCUGUACAGAAGUAUUAAUUUUUCAGCUCAGCUUAUGAUUAAUUUCUGAGCAUUGUUGUCAGCUGAAUUAUUUAAUUGUAAUCACAGAACACUCUUUAGCCUUUUGUGUAGGGCUAUUGUGUACCAUUGAGUCAUUAGAAUCCUCUUUGUUACAAAAGAAAACAGUUUUAAAAUGAACCUCAGAGAAUUCAGUGGGAAAAAUACAGGUUGAUUUCAACAGACUCUAAAUGAAUUUGUUUCCUUUUUUACACAUUAAUGGAAUUUUUCUUUACCAUGCUCAUAGCAACCAGUUCUAUAGCAACUUGCUGCAAAAAAUCAAACCAAAACCAACCUCUUUCACCACCCCUGAAGAAGACACAGAUUAAAUUAAGUCAUGAUUCUAAGAAAUGGGGUUUUUUAUACAGAGAAAGAUAACCUGUGGGAACAAAAUUACAGAAGUUGCAAUGUUUUUACCAUAACCUUGCAGUCUAAUUGGAUGAUUGAUAUGAUCAGAUCUUACAAACUUCAACCCUCGCUGACAUGAGUAGUCUUGUUUAUGUUUUUGUAUUUGCUUAUAGAAAUAAGAGGGCAGAAGAUCAAGCCAGCAGUGGAAAUGUUUGAUUUUCAGGUUCAUAUUAUGGUCGAGUUAAAGUAGCAUUUAAUACUGAUGUGAAAUGAACUUUUUUCAAAGAACAUAGGCCUUAUUGAAUUCAUGUAUAAAAAGACACCCUACAGCUUCAGUAAAAUUCAUACCCCCAUUUGUGUCAUUAUUGUUUAAAGCAACAUAACCUUUGAAGGUAAAGGUAAAAAUAGUAUUUCUGUACAUCAUCAAUAAAACCCUCUAAACCUCUAGUUACAGACUUUAGAAAAAGUAAGUAAAAAGUUGUAUUUAAGCUGGAGAGAAAUAAAGGAUUUCAUUUAUAACCAGAAAGAUCUAUUUUGAUUUGUUUUAAGAUAUCCCAUUGCAAGGAACAAAAAUGCAUUGAAUCUUAUUCUUACUCAUCUACACUUUGCACUUGCAUGGAUCACUGAAGAUGGGAAUUUGUUCAAUGGCUCCUAAAAAGUGUAUGGUUAUGUUAAACUAUAACAUCAAACUAAGAAAAUGUGCAUAUUUGCAGAAUAGAGUUAAAUCUUCAUGACCCAAUAAAGUCACUAUGUAAAAAAAAUGAAAUUAAAUUAAAUGCAUGUGAAUGCGCA